AUGGCCGACUUCACCGCACUAGCCACUCGGUAUGUGCUGGCUGAUGACGAGAGCGAGCAAAGGCAGUUGGCUGGCGAGGCUGCAGAGGGCAUAAAAAAGGCACCACGCAAAAGUGCCGCUGUUCUUAAUUGGGCGCAGUCUAUCAACCCAUGGAUGCCGGGUGGUCGCGCAGGUGGUGACGAUGAAGCUGAUGGUGACGUUAUUGCACGGGCAAAGGCAUUGGGAUUUUUGGCGGCCUCUUUGGAAGUCCUUGACAGCGAUGUCUUGCGGGUCGAGCAGGUCGAACACCUUAUUGCUUUCUUUGGCGCCAUGUUUGCGAUUGAUCACAAGGCCGGCAUCCUCGCUGCCGCCACCGCUUUGCGUUGCCUAUGCUCUAUGAAACACUUCCGGCCUUCCAUGGCCUCAUCUGUUCUGAGUCACGUGGUGAAACUAGGUGACGACUUUCGGCUGCAAGCUGCUCCCACACGCCUAGCCAUUUACGACCUGGUGACUAGCCUGAUCAGCGACAAGUCAGUUCUCGAGGAGUUGCAGCAAGCCCAUGGUACCUCGUGUGGAUUCUUGGUAGAUCUGCUGCAGCUAUGCCGCAACGAGCGUGAUCCGGACAACCUACUGCGGUGGUUCGCGAUACUGCACUUGCUUUUGGAGAGGUACGAACAGAUGUCUACCGCUGUGGCAGAAGAGGUCUUCAAGGCGGUCUCAGACUACUUCCCAAUUUCCAUGAGGUCGGCUGCUACGCCUUCUGGCACUACUGUCGAGGAUCUCAAGAAUGCUCUGCGGGUGUGUUUCGCAGCCAGUUCUCCCGUUGCAGGCUCUGUAUUCGACUUCCUUCUCAAGAGACUCGACCAGGGCGAUGCCCUCACUAACCUGGCCCCGCAUGCCAGUCGCAUCUGGAACUCGCUAAAGUUCGAGGUUCGUCAUGGCGAAGUGCCAGAAACAAUAGACUGGACGCUCCGUGUGAUCCAGGCCAUCUCGACAAGGCUCAAUGGAACACCCACAGACCCCUUGGAUGGCGUCUUUGCCAAAGAUUUUGUGGAUCUCGUGUUGGCCGAUUGCAUCAACGACUUGUCCAAUCUGACCUACACAAAGCAAGCAGGCCAGCUUCUUACUAGCACCCUAAGAGGCGGUCGUCGGUCGUUCAACCUCUCUAUCACGCCUAUCCUCACAGCUGUGAAGCAAAAUCUACUCCGGGCUAAGACAGCGCCUCAUAUCCGUGACCUCUUGGCAUUCUUGGGUGACGUCUUACGUACACGCCAAGGCCUCGUGGAUGACGAAAAGACAGCAGACAGUAUUUCAGCGAGAGCCAGCUGGGACGAAUUUCACAACCACGAUGCCGCUAUCUUGGACUUACUGGACAGUGUUUAUCUGAGUUUAUGGAACGGCCCCAAACAAGGUGUUGAUUCCGCCAGUCAGGCUGAGAAGCAAAGUCAGGACCCCAUAGUUCUGGCUCAGAUCAUGAAUGGACUUGCCGAGCUAAUUAGCCAGCGGGGACCAUCGGCUGAAAACAUAGUCGGACCGUUGCUCUGUCGUCCACACCAGUGCAUGGAGGUCUUUACGGUGCUUGCCUCUCGAGCCCAAUAUUCAUUCUCUUGGAAUACGGUUCCAGCACCGGAUAACUUCCAGGGGCUGGCCCAUGAGGCGAUGCUGGCCUUAAAGACCGCCACUCUAGUCUAUCCCAAAGGGUUUGGAUACCUCGUCGGCAGAGCUGUCUCUUCGAUCAAGGAAGCACCUUUGAAGACUAUACCUUUGGAGGAUCUCGAAGGAUUGAAGGACACACUAUCUCGGCUGUCAUUCGUAGGCUGUUCAACCAUACCGAUAGUUUCCCUACAAGAGAACCGACUUUGUCACUUUUUGACAAUAGUACAUGCGCUUCACACCACUCUGGAAUGGCUCUUGGAUGAGAGAGCAUCUUUUACGCUGGUCAACUCAGUCCUAUAUGGCAUCUACGGUUCGAUACUUAACAUAAGGGAUGCUUUUGCGCAAAAGGGAGUGCCCUCACAGAAAGAGAAAUCUGUGGGGUCUAGCGCGACAGGACCAGACACCUCCCAGUCACUCAGCCCUGUCUUCCUUGCGUAUCUGAAAGAGGCAACGUCGUUGAUCCGGCAGCUAUACUUGCGGGCUACCGCAUUCGUGGCAGACGGCAUUGAACUCAGUACAGAUUUCAACUCCUCAACGGACCUGGAUGAACAAGAUCUAUACCUGCAUCAACUUUCGGGGAUGGCGACCUUUGUCAUUCGCGAUCUGGAUGUCGAGGAACAAAUCAAGGAAAAGCUUUACGAGGCGCCGUCCAGCUUGUUCCACCCUGGCCCUGUAAAGACGACCGUUUUUCAUAAUCACCAAGGCGGCCGGGCAGACGCUUUGUCUCUAGGCAUACUCCGGGGCCUACGACCUUUAUGUGUGGCUUAUCUGGCCGAUAUCCCUCUUUCUCUCCAGAGCUUGCUGGAAGACCUCGAUAAUCUGGACAGUUUACCACAGCGUGCGAAGAUGGUGCGCAACGGAAUAGCAACGAUAUUGUCCAACAAGUACUCUGCCAGCGCCAACUCGCGUCCGGGAAACCUGGCGGAGUGGCAGAAACUCAUUGAGGCUGUGAAGACCAAGCUGGUCCCCAUCAACAGCGCAGGCAGCCCUAGUUUGACCCCCAACCAGUUUGGACGCCUGGUAGCUAUUGCCACCGGCGCCUUUCCGCGGCUAGACAAGGAUGCCAAAGAAUUGGCAACCUUACUCGCCUUCACCCCUGAACAAUACGCAUCGAGUCGCACUGGAGAGCAGAUGGCUCGUUCUCUAGGCUCACUCUCUUCCGCCAACGCCGACUUGUUAUCAGCUGAGAAUCAUUCCGUCGUCAAGUCUAUAUACAAGCAAUGGGUGUACAGUCAGACAGUCAAAAAGCUGCUACCCCUCGCAUUUCCAAAGCAGCAGUCGUCAGAGUCUGCUUCUCCCGUCGGCCGAGAUGUACCUUCCGAGAGUGCAUCUUCAGUCAACGCAAUCGCCAUCAUCAGCCUUGUGCGCCACAUGCCCUUUUCUGUGUAUGAGGACGAUGUUGAGGAGUCGCUCGUGCGCAUCCUUGUUGCAGCUGUGACGACAUUACCGAGUUGGACCGAUGUUAGCAUGGCCUUGCGGGUGCUGUAUGUCAUACUGGAGAACCGACCAAAGACACUGCAGGGCCAUCUGAAGACACUGGUAGAUGCGUCUAUCAACGUCUUUGGAGCUGCUCCGAAACCAGCUGGAAAGGUCCCGCAACCCCGCCGUGGUAAUCCUCCUCCUGGUUGCCGCAAGCAAGCUCUCAGAUUGGUGGCGCACUUGCCCACCCAAGUCGAAGAGGGCCUCCUCCUACCGUAUGGCCCCCAACUUUUGAGGGCACUAUCUACGGCAUGUGGUGACAGAGUGCGCGAGAUCCGUGAAGAAGCACAGCUAGCGCGCGAAAACUGGACCAAGGUACCGCUUUAA